CUGUCGACAUAUAUCAAAGAUGUUGUCCUCCGAGGAGAAGAAAGAAAAAGAUCAAUUCUUCAAAGAUUUGUAUCACUUGGAUAGUCUUGACGAUGGAGAAAGCGAAGCUGGACCGAUUUUGUUAGGGCAGCCCCCCAAACGAUCUCCCCCCGAGCACAGUGCCAGAACACCUAAAAUCGAUCCAAGCAUGAAAAUGAUUGAUAUGGACAGACGCCAAGAGAAGAGGAAGUUGUCACAAACAGCUCCACAACCGGAGCCAAAAUCAGAACUGCAACCGCCUCGCCCUAGGGCAUCGUCUUCUGCACCGAUUCCCACCAAGAAGAAGAAACCUCCUCGGGCAAAAAGAAACGUGACAGACCUUUCGAACAUAGAGGCAAGAAUGAAUGGAUCAGGGCUUCCCAGAUUGAAACCCCUACCAAAGCGGGUCAAGAUGGGGAGCAUCCCUCCUGAUCGACAGAUUUUCAAGGGCCUCGUUUUCUUUUUCGUUCCCAACAAUGACGAUGACCCUGGAACCCGCAUUCGAAUUCAUCAAUCUAUCCAAUACGGCGCUCGGUGGGCACAUGAGUUCUUUGAAGAGGUCACACAUAUCAUCGUCACUCAGGACGACCUCGAUAUGAUAGGAGCAGCCAAAUCUUUCCCUUCCAAGCAAAUACCGGUGGGACCGGUUUUUUUGCGCCAGAGGUGGCUCUUUGAAUGCUGGAGAUCCGGAUUUCUUGUCGAAACGCAUUGGAAUCGCUUCCAGGUAACAGGCUCAGACACCAUGACAGAGACAAGUCAUCGGCUUGUUCCACAUGCCAUUGACAAUAGAGCAAUCUCUCAUAGCUCAGGAGUUGAUAGGUCGCUUCCGACUGCCAAUGAGGCGAGGUUUAGCAACAACCUCCAGGGAAGGCCUAGGUCUAAGGUCAAGGACUUAAAGCCGAAACCAAGCGAGAAAAUCGACGAGGAUGCACUUGAAAUUGCCAUAAGGGAUGUCCAAAAUGGCGCUGGUCAGCAAUUAAUCAUUGACUCUGAUGAGGAGUCUGGGAGUGACGAUGGGCCUGAAUCCCGACUUCCGACGGACAACGAAAAUGCCCCAAAGAAGGUCGGCACUUUUCUGUGCAUGGAAAGCCAUGAUGAGAGAACGCGUAUCGAGAAUCCGAAUGCCGAAACCAUGGAGAAGCUACAAGAAAUGGCAACCUCCUAUGAUCAAACAGGGGAUCAAUGGCGAACCAGGGCUUUUCGGCAAGCCAUAGGAAAACUUCGAAGGCAGGAUCAAAUGAUUCGAACGUCUCAUCAAGCUCGUGCGGUCGGCAUCGGCGAGAGCAUUGCAGCUCAGAUCGAGGAGAUCGUCUCUACCGGCAAAUAUCGAAGGCUUGAGUACGCUCAGAAUGACCCAAGAAAUCAGAUAAUCAAACUCUUCAUGGGAGUGUAUGGCGCCGGCGAGACAACUGCGAAGACAUGGAUCGCGCAAGGAUAUCGAUCCCUAGAAGAUGUCUAUCAGAAAGCUGAGUUGACUGCAAAUCAGCGAGUGGGGAUCGAGCACUAUAGUGACUUCCAGCAGAGGAUCCCUCGGAGCGAGGUCGAGCAACACGCCGCCAUCGUGAAGAAAGCACUCAAGGCUGCAGACCCAAACUUUCAGUUGAUCAUUGGAGGCUCUUACAGACGAGGCAGCAAGGACUCAGGGGACAUUGACUGCAUCAUCUUCAUGCCCGAGGCUGGUAUUGGCCAUAUCCGCACCCUGAUGCUGGACACUGUUAUUCCUGGGUUGAUGGCUCAAGGGUUUUUGAAAGUGGCACUUGCUGGGGGGCAUUCUUCGAGUGAUGACUCGUCAAAGUGGCAUGGGGCAUCCGCCUUGCCCGGAUGCAACGUUUGGCGCCGGAUCGACUUCCUCUUUGUGCCUUGGACGGAGCUUGGAGCAGCGUUGAUCUAUUUCACGGGGAACGACCUAUUCAAUCGGAGCAUCAGGUUCCUGGCAGGUCGCAAGCAGAUGAGACUGAAUCAGCACGGGUUGUUCAAAGACGUCAUGAGGGGACGGGGGCGACAACGAGUUAAUGAUGGGACUUUGCUCGAAGGGCAUGACGAAAGGCGGAUAUUUGAGAUUCUUGAAGUCCCGUACCGGCCACCCGAGGAACGGAACGUGUGAAUGGUACAGCUUCAGAGACAGAAUGAUCAUGGCAGGUUCUUA